AUGGAACCUCUCCCGGCUCCAUCAUACAACCCCAACGAAAUCUCGCAAAUUUGCAAGCGAUCCGCUGACAAAGAAGAUCUCACUUGUAUUCCUGGAUUUAUUCCUUUUGAAGCAAAAUAUGUUAUCUCUCCAAGAUACAAAAUAGCGACUUGUUCCAUCCAGAAAUCGAUGUCGACCGUGAUGAGGGGAAUCAUGUGCUAUCUCUUCAAUGAGACAAGAUUCAAAGAUGCUGGGAGGCAAAUUUUGAAAGAAACUCACGGUGUUAGGUUUUGUGCCAACAAAAACGAGUACACAUCAAGCAAUCAGAAACGAGCGAAAUUCAAUUUGACUGGCGACUGGCGGCUAUUGAUGAUUUCGAGAGACCCGGUGGAUCGAUUUUUAAGUGGUUUUCUCGACAAAUGUAUUAGAAAACCGCAGGGCGCUGGUUUUUGCAAUGGAUGCGGUCGAAAUAUGACUUGUUUCCUUAUUACCGAAUACGAUCGAAUCAAGCGACAAAUCAGGGUGAACAAAUUCCCGAGAACGUUCGAUGAUCAACAUUUCUUCCCGCAAACUUGGCGUUGCGAUUUGGACAAAGAACGCCAUCGCUACAAUGUUCUCCGUUAUUCAUCCGAUGCAUCGGGCAGCUUUCUCAAUGAGCUCUUGGCACAGCUAAAAGCACAAAAGAUUCCAGAUGAGACUCUCAAAUUUAUAAGGGAUCAACUCUCGGAGGGACGAACGAUUCACAGUACGGUCGAUUCCGAUGCAAGAAAAUUCCUCGAAAAACGCCUUCGCGGGAGCCCAUUUCUGAUGGAACACAUCGUGCGAAUGUUUUACACCGAUUUUCAAUAUUUUAAUUACUCAUUGCCAAGCGGAUUUCAC